UUUCUCUCACAACAUGUUCUUGUGACAAACUCGAGUAAACUUUCUUUUGUGCAGAAAACGCCUCACUCUGCUUCAUUAGUGGUUUUGACAUGCAUUUCGGAAAUAUCACCAUAUCUAAGAUAACGCGUUUUAAAGGAAUGCGAACUUUAAUCUGUCAUCACGGUAUUGUUUCCUUAACAAGCAAAGUUGAGGUAAUAUUUAACACUCCUGCUCUAUUCGACUCCGGGGAGCGUCAGCGCGCAACAGAGAACCCGAAUUGCGCUGGAUAAUAACGGAAUUCUAAACCAAGACUCUCGCAUUCCACUCUAAAAUGGGGGUUGGAAAAUGGAUUCUGGCAGCAUUUGGAGUCGUAGUGGUAGUUGUGGUAAUAGCGGUUCCAACAGCCAUUUUACUCAACGAUGAUAAAACUGAAUCCCAGAGGACUUUUACUCUAGAAGAUUACUUCAAUGGAACUGGAAGAACCAAGUCAUACAACAUGCGAUGGGUCUCAGAUGAUGAAUAUCUUCACAAGACAGAAGAUGGUUCAUUGCUUCUGAUCAAUGCAGCCACAGGAAGUGAAAGUGAAUUUGUGAACCAACAGAUAUUUUCCCGUGUGGAAGCUUUUGACUACAUGGUAUCAGCCGAUCAAAAAUACAUCUGUUUCCUGAGCAACUAUACAAAGCUAUGGAGACACUCCUACAGUGCAUCGUAUUCAAUCUACGACAUGGAAAAAAGGGAUUUUAUUAAUACAGAUAUCCCACAUGAAGUCCAGUAUCUAGCAUGGUCACCAGCUGGCCAUAAACUAGCUUUUGUGUGGAAAUACAAUGUCUAUGUGAAGGAAACUCCCACGACUGCAUUCAAGCAGGUCACUACUGAUGGAGCCCAUAACUUGAUCCUCAAUGGGAUUCCUGACUGGGUGUACGAGGAGGAGAUGUUUUCCACCAACUUUGCUCUGUGGUGGUCACCAAAUGGGAGGUUUGUGGCGUACGCCAAAUUUAACGACACGGGAGUCCACAACAUUGAGUAUUCAUGGUACGGAGAAGGCCAGUAUCCAGAAACGGUCUUUAUACCAUACCCCAAGGCUGGAACCCCAAACCCAACCGUCAAACUGUUUGUCUAUGAUACAAACUCAUCCACGACCAAUGAAAUCCUGGUUCCCAGUGUUGUUGGUGCAGGAGACCACUACCUGAGCACUGUUACCUGGGCAUUAGAAGAGCGAAUUGCAGUGCAGUGGCAGAAGAGAACGCAGAGCUAUGUUAUUUUGCAGGCAUACGACUUCAACAGCACCGGUUGGAUAGAAAGUUCACUGAGCCAGACUAUCACAAGCAGCACGGGCUGGGUUGGCCAUUUCUCUCCAGAUCAACCUGUCUUUCGACCGGACGGCAACAGUUGUUACUAUUUUAUGAGUGACAGCGCGCAAUUUAAACAUCUUGUUUAUUUCAGUGGAACUGAAAAAAAGUUCCUGACAAGCGGAAAUUGGGAGGUCACUAGCAUCCUUAAGGUCACGAGCAAUGCUGUAUACUUUGUGAGUAAUGAGAACAAUGCGAAUCCGGGCCAAAGGAACGUUUACAAAAUCACCAUAAACGGUGCUUCUCAUUCUGAGCGUGAGUGUCUGACCUGUACCCUCAAUGAAGAUCGGUGCAAAUAUAAUUCUGCCCUGUUUAGCACUGAAGGAACCUACUACCUCAUGAGCUGUUCUGGGCCUGGACUGCCUCUGCAUACACUGAGAAACAGCCAAGAUGGAACGGAGGUGAGAGUUCUUGAAGACAACAAAGAUUUGGAAAAUAAUCUGCAGGGUAUUGCAAUGCCAUCAGUUACACAUGGCAAGCUGAAGAUCGGAGAGUUUGACCUUUGGUACCAGAUGACUCUGCCUCCUAAUUUUGACAAAUCCAAAAAAUAUCCUCUGCUUAUUGAUGUAUAUGCGGGCCCCUGCAGUCAGAAGUCAGAUUUCCGAUUCAGGGUGGGUUGGUCCACAUAUUUGGCCAGCACAGAGCAAGUGAUUGUGGCCAGCUUUGAUGGGAGAGGAAGUGGUUACCAGGGAGACAAAAUCAUGCAUGCCCUCUACAAACGACUUGGCACUUAUGAAGUCGAGGAUCAGAUAACAGCUGCUAGACAAUUUAUUGACAUGGGCUUUAUUGAUAAAGACAGAAUUGCCAUCUGGGGCUGGUCUUACGGUGGUUAUGUCAGUUCGAUGGUUUUGGGAGCCGGAAGUGGAGUUUUUAAAUGCGGAAUGUCCGUCGCUCCAGUGUCUAAAUGGGAGUAUUAUGACUCUAUUUACACUGAGAGGUACAUGCUGACGCCAGCGGAGAACCAGGCCUUUUAUGAUAGUUCUACAGUGAUGGAAAGAGCCAAGAACUUUAAAUCGGUCAAGUACCUCUUGGUGCACGGCACGGCUGACGAUAAUGUUCACUUCCAACAAUCUGCUCAGAUCUCUAAAGCACUCGUGGAUGAACAAGUGGACUUUGAUGCAAUGUGGUACACUGAUGACGACCACAGUCUGGGCGGCUUGUCCAAUCAGCACGUGUACACUCACUUGAGUCACUUUCUGAAAAACUGCUUUGCUUGAACUUGUGAAACAUUGAACUUACACUGGACCAAAUAAGAGCACCCUGAACCCACAGCACUGAACCCACAUUACUUCCAGACAACUUCACAGACUCAGAUGCGUCAGACGUGUGCGAUUUCCCCAUCAGCAGCCAGCCAUCAGUACAGCUACUGUACUGUGAUGCAAUAACUGACUCGUUUUAUUCACACCUUUAUCAGUUUUAACUGUACAGUCUGAACAACUGAGUCAUGAGUCUUUAGUACAUUGAAGAAGAAGAGAAAAAAAAAAAAGCAGAAAUACUUACUGGAUAAACACAAAGCUUCAUGAGCUAGCUAAAGAGAAA